AUGUCGUUGCUGUUGGUGCCGGGGCUGUGUCAGCGUGGCUGUGGUGAUGCUAUAAAGUCUACGGCCCUCCUGGCCGCUACUUUGGCCUCCGUCGCCUACGCCCAGGCCGGUGACAACACCGACGUGUCCCCUACUCGGGGCGACGGCGGACCCAUCUUCACCCUGCCCACCUUCUCAGACUCGGCCACUCCUCCCGGCGGCGUCACCCUGACUGAGCUCCUGGUCCUCCCACUGGAGUCUCCCACCGCUUCUGGCACUGACAGUGCCCGACCGGCUCGGGCUCUUCAAGUGGCGUCAGCAGCUCUACCAGCUCAGGCUCGGGCUCAGGCUCCUCAGCCGCCGUCACGUCGACGACUACCCGUUCCUCCCACCUCGUCUGCCUCUCGCACCAGCGAUACGUCGUCCACCACAAGUGACGGAUCCUCGCGCACCUCGUCCGGAACCAGUUCUCCCUCGGCCAGUCCGAGCGACAACGCCGCUGCCGGCUUUGUCGAUAAGAACUGGGCUCCUUGGAUGCUCGCCUAUGUUGCGGGUGUCGGUCUGGCUCUGUAA